AUGAAGGCCUUUGCACGAGGCGCGACUCGACUUCGCAGCACAUCGCUCAGUGCUGUGCCUCCACCUCGAUCCUCUUCAGAAUACAUCGAUGACUACGCCGACAUUGCUGCAUCCAUCCUCUAUCGCUCGCCCUUGNNGCCUCCGGAGUCCGGUCUACCCGUAUACAUUCUCAAUGCCGCCGCCUUUCCCGAUGCCUUUGAAGUCGACUAUGAUGCGCUUCUACCCUACGUCCUCGCCAGACUGCCAGGAGAGGAAGAGUUGAUUGCAGGUGAAGAAUACGAGAUUGUCUUCUUUGCUGGUGGACAGCCUGAAAGCGCCACUUCCGAGAAGAAGACCGGACCUGGUAUGGGCUGGUACUUGCAGGCGUACCACGUGCUGAGCAGAGCGGUGCGAAAGAGGCUGCAGAAGCUCUAUGUUGUCCACGAACGGAGCUGGGUGCGUGUGCUCAUCGAGGUAUUUGGCACCAUGGUCUCUCCCAAGUUCCGCAAGAAGAUUGUCCAUGUCUCGACUCUCUCGUCUCUGGCACUACACAUCCCCAUCGAGAAGCUGCUCAUUCCGCCGAGCGUAUAUCUCCACGAUCGUCGCCUCUCCCCCGAUAUUCAUUCGCCUUAUGUCAGUGGCCGCAGAGCCUUCUCCGCCAAUGACCCCAUGCCUCGCAGUCUAUAUGGACAGAGACGCCUACCUCGCGUCCUGAGAGAAACAACAACUUUUCUGUGUCAGAGCGAGAAUAUCAAGACAGAAGGCAUCUUCCGCAUCCCUCCUCAGUCAAUCCUGGUUGGUAUUUUGAAAGAGGCCUACAAUCGCGGUCAACAAUUUAUCGUCUGGAAAGAAGGUGGAAUCACUUAUACUCAGCCUGAUAUGGAUCACCAAACUCUCAGACACAUCCACCAGUCGGAUGCAUAUGGCGUGCAUUUGGCAGCUGGUCUCAUCAAGCUCUGGUACCGAGAGCUGAAGACUCCUAUAUUUCACGAGACUUGCUAUGACGAAUUGAGAUACAAAUUCGGAAGCCCCGAUACUGAUAUUGAGCUGGAAGAUCUGAUCGAAAUGCUAUCGCCAGCCUCAAACACCUCAUGUCUCUCUCAGACGGCGAGACUGAUACUUAUCCUCCACCUUAUUCCACUACUUUCGCUCGUCACAAGCUACUCGGCAACCAACAAGAUGACGCCUGACAACCUAGCCAUCUGUUUCUCCCCAACUCUCGUAUGCGGUUCGGAUCAGCUGGCCGAUGCAAAGAUGACGUCCAUCGUUCGUCGGAUACUUGAGGCCGCAGUCGAAUAUUGGCCACAUGGCCUGCGAGACGCUUGUCAAACUGCUCCAGACUCAUUUGUCGCUGCUCUAAGGCCACCGCCUGCUGCUCAGGACUAUGAAGACCCUCUGGCGGAGAAUUACAGGGAUACAUCACACGACUCGGAAGAGCAAUCACACAGAAUCGUCCUUCAAGACGAUGAGUCUGAGAAGCCUGUCCUUCCUNNCCCUCGUCCGACGAGGCAGCCUGAGGAGUCCACAUCGACGUUUCCUGCGAGAUCUGACAGCCUGGCUUCUCCCAUCAAGCGCAAGCCUGCCCCAAUAGGUGUUGCUCCUCCACCUCACGCAACUUUCCCCAGUCGCUCUGUUUCACAGUCUCAUGCAAGCCAGUCUAGUCCAUUAAGCGAUUUCGCCGACGUCAGAAAUACUCUGCCGUACACCGAGUCUCCACCGAAUGUGCCAUCCAAGCCAGCCCCUCCCAAACCAGCUCUUUCAGCACAAAAUGAUUUCAUGAACGAAUUGAAAAAUUCCUUGGCCACGGAUGUGGUGAAGAGGAAACCAGUGUCGUCCACAGCGUCGCCAGGCUCUCCUACGAGCAACGAUUUGUCAUCUGCUCAACCUCAACGCUCCGUAUCCGCCCGAGUACCCUCGCCACCAAAACAAGGUGACAACAUGUUCGUCAAACCCACAUGGGCAGCUUCCUCGCGCACAACCUCCCGCGCACCCUCCCUAUCCAAUCCGUCCUCUGCCACCACCUUUUCCGCACCCACUUUUGCCAGAACCCCAUCACCGGGCCUGCUCCAACGUAUGGCAUCCAUCGAGUCAAUGCAAAACUCCACUAUUGCUGCUCAGCAACUAGAUCCAAACAGAAUCGCGCCAGUUGUUGAGAAGAUUGGCUUGAGAAAGAGCUCUGUAGACGACCUUAAGAGGGUCUAUGAAGAAAGAGCUGGGAUUGCUAGAGCGGCUAGCGUGAGCAGUGCCAGUAGCAGUCGGAGAACUUCCAAUGUCGGGUUGAGUAGGAGGACGUCGAAUGCUGCUGUAUGA